CAGAGGGGGAGGCAGGACGGCGCACUGGAAUUGCACUAACAAGUUACUAUUGCGCAAGUGAUCGGGCGAAUUAUGAAACUCUGAACUUGCGGCAAGCAUGACAGCGUGACUGGAUACCGAUUAAAUUAGUCCACAGAUACCAGAUGAGUGUUUUGCAGAAAACACUGGACUCAGCGCUGCACUGAUGAUUUGAACACAAGUUUGUCGCCAUGCAGCAGGUACUGGACAACCUCAAAGACCUGCCAACAGGCACAGGAGCCAAAGAUAUUGACCUCAUCUUCCUCAGAGGCAUCAUGGAGAGCCCCAUCGUCCGAUCCCUUGCCAAGGCUCACGAACGUCUCGAGGAAGUUAAGCUGCAAGCCGUUCGGGACGAUAACGUUCAGCUGGUCACAGAGAUCUUGGAUUCCCUCAACAUCCUGCCUGAAAAAGAUGCCUCCGCUGCUGAGCUCGUCAGAAUCCUCCAGGAGCCUCACUUUAAGUCUUUGAUUGAGGCUCAUGAUAAAGUGGCUGCAAAGUGCUACGAAAUGCCCCAUGCUGCGGUUAACAGCAAUUCUUUGUUGACAAGCACACUCAUGCCAGCCGAUGCCGUCAGGAUGAUCGGUAUCCAGAAGAAAGCUGGAGAACCGCUGGGGGUGACGUUCCGAGUGGUGCAGGGGGAGAUGGUGAUCGCUCGGAUCCUGCACGGCAGCUCGAUUGACAGGCAGGGCAUGUUGCACACGGGGGACAUAAUCCGCGAGGUGAACGGCCGCGAGGUCGGCAGCAACCCCAACGAGCUCCAGGAGCUGCUGAGGGACUGCAACGGCAGCAUCACGCUCAAGGUCCUGCCGAGCUACAAGGACACGCCAGCACCGCCACAGGUUUAUCUUAAGCCACACUUCAACUAUAACCCGGCCACAGACAACCUGAUCCCCUGUAAAGAGGCAGGCCUGGCCUUCUUCAAAGGCGACAUACUUCACGUAGUCAACAAAGAGGACCCCAACUGGUGGCAGGCUCGCAAAGUUGUUGGUGGAGCCACUGGUCUCAUCCCCAGUCAGUUCUUGGAAGAGAAGAGGAAAGCUUUUGUGAGAAGGGACUGGGACACUUCUGGUACAGGGAUGCUCUGCGGGACUCGAAAUGCAAAGAAAAAGAAGAAAAAAAUGAUGUACCUCACUGCCAAGAAUGCAGAGUUUGAUCGCUAUGAGCUGCAGAUCUAUGAGGAGGUAGCAAAGAUGCCCCCGUUCCAGAGGAAAACACUGGUUCUGAUUGGAGCUCAGGGUGUCGGAAGGCGAAGCCUGAAGAACAGACUUAUCGUCCUGAAUCCUCUGAGAUAUGGAACCACUGUCCCCUUUACGUCACGCCGUGCCAGAGAGGAGGAGAAAGAUGGCCAGAACUACUGUUUCGUGACGCGGGAAGAGAUGGAGAAGGACAUCAAGGAGAGCCGUUACUUGGAGCACGGCGAGUACGAUGGAAACCUUUACGGCACCAAGAUCGACUCCAUCCACGAAGUGGUGGACGCUGGCCGUACCUGCAUCCUGGACGUCAACCCUCAGGCCCUAAAAGUGUUGAAGACUGCUGAGUUUAUGCCAUUCGUGGUGUUCAUUGCUGCUCCUGAACUGGACACACUAAGAGCUAUGCACAAAGCUGUGGUAGAUGCUGGACUUACUACCAAACUACUCACAGAGAACGAUUUAAAGAAAACUGUGGAUGAGAGCGCCAGGAUCCGCCGGGCGUACAGCCACUACUUUGAUCUGACAAUUGUCAAUGACAAUCUGGACAAGGCCUUUGACAAGCUGCAGGAGACGGUGGAGCGGCUAUUCAUCGAGCCACAGUGGGUUCCAGUCAGCUGGGUCUACUGAUGUUUUACCCCCUACUGGACAGACGCCGCCGUUCGAGCUGCCAGGCCUGGGAUGAAAGGGGAUUCAACACCGAGCUGCACACUGACAAAGUGUUGGACAUCGGCCCUGUGUGAACUGGGUCUCGCACAAAGCUGCAUCAGAGUCACCUUGAUCUGAACUGCCAGAUUCCUUUCUAGCACACUAUGCAACUCACAACACACGGGAAGUGUACUUAUUUAUUGGCAAGUAUUUUUUAAAGAAUAUUUUCUAUUCAAACACAUUGGAAGACAACGCUGGCCCUCGCGUCAGAUUGUUCCGAAAGCAAACGCGGUCUUUUGCCAUGUCCUGUUUUAAUUUUACAUCUGUAUGUAAGAUAGGUAAAUUGUAUUUAUUCUGAGAAAAUGAGGGCUUGCUCAUUGAAAAGGACGAUACCUCAGUGUUACAGUUUACAGUGCAUAUGCGUCCAGUACUUCAUCUCAUUUCGUCACUACAAACUUGUUGUCGUUCAUGUAGAUUAGAGUCAUAUUGUUGAGACCUUUGUCCUCCUGAAGGCAACAUUUACGCCCCUACGUCUUCUUAACCUCAACUU